AUGGAGAACAUCCUGAUUUCCAAUGAAACGGGUUCAGUUUCAUAUGGAAAUAAAACGAGCGCGCCGAACGAGAUUGAAGACGACAAACGAGAAAUUAGUGUGGGGUCAAACGUGGUUGACGCGAAAGGCAAUGAAAACCGAAAAUUCGGUUUUAAUGAAGCUGUAGUCGUUUUAGUAGUUUUAAUAAAACCAUUGCGCAUCAAUAAAAGUAUUGUAAUCGCGCGGAAUCUUAGAAAUAUGUCUGCCGGAAAAUUUGGAAUAUUUUGGAAGCCAAUUCAUUAG